CAUUGAUCACAAAAACGGCAAAAUAAAUAAAUAUCAGAUUUUGCAACAAAUUUUCAGUGGCGGUUCUUCGGUUAGAUUUUGGUUUCAGAGUGUUUUAGGUUACGGCUUGCGGUUUGCUCAAUCAGACUUGGGCCCUUUACUUUGCAUGCGAGUUAUUCUAAUUGGUGGAGUUGGAUAUGAAAUAUUGUUGAUAUGGAAUGUAAUAAAGAUGAAGCUCUUCGGGCAAAAGAGAUAUCUGAGGUGAAACUAGCGGAAAAGGAUUAUCUGGGAGCAAAAAAGUUUGCCCAAAAAGCGGAGAAGCUAUGUUCAGGACUUGAAGGUCUGUCACAUCUUUUGAUAAUUGUUGAUGUGUACAUCUCUUUUGAGAAGAAGAUUAACGGUGAACCAGAUUGGUACAGUGUUCUUGGUGUGCGACCCACAGCCGAUGAUGAAACUAUCAAGAAGAGUUAUAGGAAGCUCAUUCUCUCUCUUCACCCUGAUAAAAACAGGUUGGUUGGAGCUGAAGGAGCCUUUAAGCUUGUGUCUCAGGCACAUGCAUUACUAUCUGAUAAAACUAAAAGAAAAGUUUAUGACCAAAAGCGCAACCCAAGAUCCAUCUACCAACCUGUCAUUGUAACUCAGAAAACAACCUCUACUACUCAGCCCACUCAACCGAACCGUCGGCCACCAAACACCACUACAUUUUGGACUUCGUGUCCAAAGUGCUUAAUGCAAUUGGAAUAUUCAAAAGUCUACCUCAACCAGAAAAUUCUUUGCCCCAGUGACGAGUGUCAUCAUCCCUUUUGGGCUUUAGAGCUGUCUCGCCCACGCACAAACCAUCUUUCAACAAUGGGCUAUCCUCAAAGGCAGAAUCACAAUGGAAAUCAUCACAUAAACAUUCAGCAGGGGUCGUCCAUAAAUUCGUCCGAUGUCAAUCGUGUGAAUGUCCAAAAGGAUUCAUCCAAAAACACUUCGUCUGUUAACAACAGCGGACCGUUUAAAAGCCGCCGAGAAGCGAAAGUAGGUGCAAUGAGUUAUCAGACUUCAAUUUCAGAUGGAAUUGCUAAAAAGAGACAUGUAACUGAACAAUCUUCCAUGGUAAAUGCCUGCCAUAAGUAUGCGAAAGUUAAUUACGGAGGGGAAAAGGUCAAUGUUUCUUCUACAAAAAGCAAGCUUAAUAAUAGUAAGAGGGAAUUGUCACAACCUGAAAUUCGUACUAUGUUGUUGACAAAAGCGAGGAAAGAAAUUCUUAAGAAGAUGGAUGAGUGGAAUGUGGAAAAAGCUUUAAAGAAUGAAGGUACCAAGAAAGAAGGUGAGAUAAGUAACAGUGAUAAAACCAAAAAGUAUGCUGAAAAAGUCACUGUAAAUGGUAACAAAGUUACAGAUGUAAUAAUGCCAGUAAAAGAUACUAUGGUCACAGAUGAAGUGGACUCUGAUGCUAAGGGCCCUGCAGCGGUACUGAUGAGUGUUCCUGACCCAGAUUUUCAUGAUUUUGACAUGGACAGAACUGAACAUUCAUUUGGUGAAAACCAAAUUUGGGCUGCUUAUGAUGAAGAAGACGGUAUGCCUCGAUACUAUGCAAUGAUUCAUAAUGUCAUAUCAAGAAAACCGUUCAAGAUGGAAAUAAGUUGGCUGAACUCUAAGAGUAAUUCUGAAUUAGGACCAAUUAAUUGGGUUUUAUCAGGGUUUCCUAAAACAAGUGGAGAUUACAGAAUGAGUAAGCAUGAAAUCAACACCUCGCUUAAUUCUUUCUCACACAAGGUUCAGUGGACGAAAGGCAAAAGGGGGGUUGUUCAUAUCUACCCUCAAAAAGGGGAUGUGUGGGCCCUUUACAGAAACUGGUCUUCUGAUUGGAAUGAGUUCACAUCAGAUGAUGUGAUACGUAAAUAUGACAUGGUGGUAGUCAUUGAAGGUUAUACUGCAGAAAAAGGGGUGAAGGUAGCUCCUUUGGUUAAGGUUGCUGGUUUCAAGUCAGUAUUUCAUCAACAUGCUGAUGUGGCAAAAUCUCAAAUUAUUCCUAGGGAAGAGAUCUUUCGUAUGUCUCAUCAAGUGCCGUUCUAUAUGCUCACAGGUGAAGAAUCUCUUAAUGUUCCUAACGGAUGCUGUGAGCUUGAUCCCGCUGCACUGCCAUUGGAGCUCCUACAGACCACAAUUGAACCAAAAGUGAAGUCAGGGGAGGAUGGGAAUUUAAAGAGAACUGAGGUAAAAGGGAUUAUAACAUAUUCUAGGAAAAAAGGGAAAACUUGUGAAACUUCAAGGACCAAUUAAGUGAUAGAAGAAACCAUAGUGGGUGGAUUUAGGAAAGAAUAGCAGAUAGAUUUGAAUUAGAGGCGGAGCUUAGUUUCAUUUUUGGACUCAACCAUGCCUGCAACUUAAAGACAGUAUAAAGGGCUAUUUUUGUGGCAGUUGAGCUUUACAAAGGUUAACUUAACUUUUUGCUUUGCUGUAAAAAACUUAUUUCCUUUUUUUUGCUUACCGGAGACAUGUUAUAUACAUGAAAGCAGUAGUUCUCUGAA